AUGAGGGACCCCUUGUCGGGACGGAACAACGUGACGCCUCAACUGCGCCCUCCAGCCGCCCUGCGCGACCGACACAAACGCCCUCAAAUCCCCUGUGUGCACGCUCUGUGUCAUGUCCCGUUGAUUCCUGCAACAACGUCGCGCGUCGAAGCCUUCGACCAGACCUCGACCCACUAUCCGUCGCAGCCAGUAUGGCCGGCUUACUGUUCCUCGGCCUGCAGAGCACAGAAUACCUUUACACAUUCUCUACCGCAUGCCGCGAUCAACACCGGCAUCUCGCCCAGAUUGCAGACCAACUCGGCAGCCUUCUCGAACCUCUCCACAUUCUCAACGAAAUUGUGCGUGUUCGCACAUACAUGGUGGCCCGCCGAACAACCAAUCAUACAAAGCAUUAGAAGAUCCAUCACUCGGAGUGAGGAUGCUCGAUACGUGUUAUACUCUCACGACGACUCCAUCUCUUCACGACGGCUCCAUCUUUACAUAAAGUCCGCCACCUCGGCCAGACAGCUUCCACCAGAUCUCGCAGAUCAGGUGUUGGACAUCGGAGAUCAAGUUUCGGGCAUCAGUUCGCCUUCAGCCGCAUCGUUCGACCAAUUUCAGUGUGCCCAAAACAUUGAACGUCUGAAUUCGAGCCUUCGCAGGCUGCCCCUGCGGUCAAUACUCACCGCGGCGUCAAUCCCCUUCGCACGGUCUCAUCGAACACGAAAUCUCGCGGCAAUACACGAUUACUACAGUCCUUCUAAACUGCCCCAGGAGCAGGCGCGGGAGAUAGACGAUCACACUUGGGAGUCAAACCAGGGAUAA